GCUCGUCCGGGCUGAAGGCAACACGGUUGCGCAAAUCAUCGUCACGCGAACGAUCCGAGCCCCGGGAGACGUUCUAAAGAUAGAAAACUGGAACCGUGACCACGAGAACGUGUUGGAAAAUCGCGAUAGGUCCUUGGUAGCCGCGUUGGAAACGGCGAAUGAACGGCUCCGCCGACAGCAGUCGCGCCUACUCGGAACGAGGAACGCACGUACAGACACAUGCGGAACGAAAACUUGCUCCUCUGGGAAAAGGACGCGUCGCUGAAGACACUGGCGCGCGCUAACCAUAUAUUCACUCGGCUCUCUCUUCCUUCGACCGGAACGAGGAAGAGGGAACAGAAUGCAGAAGCAGCGCUCCGCUGACCGACGAGCCAGGACCUAUUUAAAACAAGGGAAGGACAAUCGUAGCUCGUGGCUUGUAAAUCGUGCGAAUCGAUUCGGUUGACGGUUCGUCGGGGAUCAGAGAAACCCUGUUUCAUCCAUCCACCAGUAUUCGGCCGCGGUCGUUCUGCUAGAAUAUUUCGACAAAGCGUCGUUGUAUUCGAUGCAGCCGGAGAAAAGACUCAAAAGAACCGUGGAUCGUUGUUACUCGGUGAUUCGUUUUGACAUUCGCAGAAGAUAAAGCAUAUUGGAGAGGAGAAGGAGGAACGAGUUUCCCGUUUUUCACGUGUAUCUUAAAUGAACUUUAAAUGAAAAAUUAUCAACAACGGAGAUCAGCAGGAGGACGAAUGGAUUUGAACCUUUCGCUUAAACGUAACAGUUUCGAUUUCGACGACGACGACGACGACGACGACGACGACGACGACGGCUACGUUAACUUCGAACGGAACGCAAGCGAUCGAACAACACGUUGCUUCGUAUCGAUUGUUCGUAAAGUGGUAACCAAGUGGUGAGGAGCGAGGGAUUAUAAAUGACUAGCCUUUUUCUUAAUACGUUAAAUCCUUCGGGGCAAAAAUCCAGUGAAACGCUUGAACGCGAGUGAUUCGAUGAAACCGUGGGAAACCAGCUGAUUGCCCGCCGCUUGAUUAAAGUUUGCUCGUCCGUUUUUCGGCCGGAUUGAUUGCCGUGCGGCGUCUGUAGAUUCCAUGGUCGAAGCGAGUCGAAGAUCAACGAAGCUUCGUACAGGAUUGAAGAUUUUUCCCGCUCGAUCCGGUCAAAUCUACUGAUCGUUCUCCAAGGUAAAAUUCUAUUCCCGAAGAAGAAAGGAACAGAUCACCGAUACUCGACAUGGGCUGCGAACUCAGCAAAUUGGCCACACCGAAUCAACCCACCACGGACCCACGGCUUCCGUUAACAGCGAAACAGAAAUUUACGGUUAUGGCCAGUUGGAAAGCGGUCUCCAGAAAGCUAGAAACGACCGGUGUCUUUAUGCUCAUGAGGUUGUUCGAAGAAAACGAGGAAUUGGUGCAAAUGUUUUCGCGUUUUCUCGACUUGAAAUCGAAAGAGGAGCGCUUCGAUAUGGUAGAAUUGGGCAAACACGCGGAAAAAGUAAUGGCUGCUCUGGACGAAGGUAUCAGAGGACUCGACAAUAUGGAUGAUUUCCUCACCUGUCUUCAUCAAGUCGGAGCCACGCAUACGAAGAUUCCUGACUUUAAUCCACAGUACUUUUGGAAAAUCGAGCAACCAUUCUUAGAAGCCGUGAAGCGAACUUUAGAAGAUCGAUACUCGGAGAACGUGGAGAGCACCUACAAAGUGACGAUCAAAUUCAUCAUCGAAACGUUAAUCGACGGUUUCGACAAAGCUCAGAACGACAAAGCGCAAAGCGGCACUGCUAAAUCCUAGUCGUCUUAGCCUUUUCGUUCGUAAGGAACAAAAAUGAUUUGCCGAUUCGCUGAUCGCUUUUUCUAUCGGCAGUCGUAGUUUUCAAAGAAGAAACCGAUACAAUCGAAAGCAAUGAGAUCGAUACCAUCAAUGAGAACGAGUAAAUCAGCCGAUGGCGCGAUCGUUCGUUUGUUCCAAAGUAUGUAUAAAAAAAAAGUAUGUAUGUUUCUCCGGAUUCUCUGAUCCGCGAUGUGCGAUCGGUACGAUCGAACGUAUUCGAUGGAAGCGAGACAGAGAUAAAUCUUUGUGUAACUUUUUCUUUACAGAGGCACAAACGGAUGGAUGCCCUAUGGCUUGUAGUUAGGUUUGAAAUCUUUUUCCUUCGAGCAGGUCUCGGACAUGGAAAAUACAUAAUUCGUAAGAAAUGGCUAUGAUUAUCGUAUCUCGUUCACUCUCUUGACGGCCAAAGAAAACGGAUAACGCGUUCUCGUUUAACGUUUCUGCAAACUCGCAACUUUGCGGAAGAAAACAUUUCUCCGUUGAACUAUUUGUAUCGGUCGAACACGAUCCCACAGUCUCGUCUCGCGAUGAUUCAUAUACACGUACGUAUACUUGCAUUAUUAUAUACGUAUUCACAAGACAACGCGUACACGUUGUUCGAACAUGAUACGAAAGUUUCGGGAUGAAAUGGUUCGGGAGGUUGCGAAAGGGAGCAAAGAUUCUACAAAAAUAGCGUUACCUUAUUAUUCGAUGGCCCCUCGCUUCGCCGCGCUAUCGAUUAUGGAAUUUCAGCCAUGUAUAUAUGGUACACACGUAUCAAGGAUCGUUUCAAACCGAAUUGACUGCCAGCGAUUACGAUUAGCAGUUAUUCACGUUGAAAAGUUUCUGCGAAAUAUUUAUUCGCGAAAACAGCCGAGUACAGAAAUCUGAAACUUAGCUCUGUCCAACUUGUACAAGUUAAAAAAGAGAAAAAAGUAACGCAACCAGAAAUGGACAAUCGUCGAUUUAGUUUGAUCCGUUCAGUUUCCGUUCAGUUUUUCCGAACAAUCUGAAUAAUCGACGAAUCGCUCGAUAAUAUAAAUACACAAGACAAUAUCCUUAUGCGACAGUUUUAUUAUCACCUAACUUUAGAUUUUAAAUCAAUUGAAAUAUCUCUCUAAUAUCAUAUAUCUAUAUUUUAUAUUUUACAUCGUACAUUAUAUACAUAUUUUAUAUCUUGUGAGUAUAAAACAUACCUUUUGCUUUUAUAUUAGAUACAGAGUAACGCAAUUAUAAUUUCUAGAAAAACGAGAAACCCUUGAACAAAGUUCUUUGCUCAGGCAGAGGGUAAAGAUACUUUUUCCUAUCGAAUUACAGGACGAAGUUACGCGCUUCAAGAAACUCUAAGAAACAGGUGAAAAGAUAAUUGGCAGAAAAUUGAAACAUAGAAAUUUAGCAGAAUGAGAGUAUAAGUUAACGCUGUUAAAAGCGAAGAAUUCAAUUUCGGCAAGAAAUAAGCUUUUAAGAAAUGACCAAGUGACGUGAUAUUAACAAAAACACGAUAAUCUGAAUGACGAAUGGUCAAGGUAUUACGAUAAGAGUUGGUUUUAACAUUUUUAUUGAAAAUGAUGUGAAAAGAUAGUUGUACACUAUUUUUCAUAUUUUAUAUCUUUACAUCGUUCCCCUUCUUUCAUAGUUUCUCUUUCCUUUAAACCAAUUUAUCCUUUUACAGCUGUAUCGUACUUUGUUUGGCUUAAAAAUUCAUCGAAAAGGUUUACAACGGUUAAAUUAUAUUAAAUUAAUUUUAAUGUUUAAUCAAUUAUAUCGAAAAAGGUUAUAAUCAAAGCUAUAGGCCAAACGCAUGUGAAACGAUUUCACAUAUACAUCUGGCUCUCGAUAGACGCUCGAUGACUGAUACCAGAAUAGUGGUUACCUUGAACCACCAUCCAAGUCGAUCGUUGCUUUUAUUUACGAGAACCUUGGAUUACAUAAAUCACGUAGGACACGUUCCUAUCGCUCGUGAUACGAAAUAGUCGCAACGUGAGACCAUAUAACGAGAGAAAUCGGGACAUAAGAAAUUCCUUUCGGUCCAACGGAAAAAUAUAUCUUUCUAUUAAUUUAUUUCGAUCCAUGAUUCGAUCAACUAUAUGUGUAGACAUAAAAAGAGAAAAGUAAAGGUAAAGGUAAUUUGAAGUGGUAAGGUAAUCACGGGUAAGAAUAUCAAGUUCAACCGGUUUCGAUUACUUUCUGCCAAUCUUUCGUUGCCCUUAUAUACGCGUAUAUGCGAGAGUAAAGAAAUUAACGGUACAGAGCGUAUCAUCUCGAGACUUGGAAAUACGAAUUAUCGUAAAAUGGAAAAGGCUUUGGUAUUUGCGUAGCACGUACCAUAUAUUUCACGUACCAGAUAUAUACACGUACACAUGUUCGAUGGGGAAUUGCGAAUCGUGUUUCGUUAUAUCUGCCACAACCAUACACAGCUGUCGUUGAUUCGUGUGUCGCAGAGCGUUUCAAAGUCGCCUCGUUACAAGCGACAGCAAUAUUGGAAAGUGCUACAACGGAUAACAAAGAAAUCGAUAACCUGUAUUCUAUGAAAGCACAGAAUCCCAUUAGGCCGCUCAUAAGCAUAACAAGAUGCAAUGGCACACGUGUGCGUGCAAGAUUAUCGAUAAGUGGUGCGAUUGCAACUCGAGGUUAGCCUUCCCAAAAUCCCAUCUAUCGGACCAUAUUCGGCUGGUUUGGAUAAACCGACCAGCAGAAGAUCGAUCGAAUCGAUGCCGAUGAGUGAAAUGCCGAUAAGUCGCUGUUAGAAUGGACCAACCUUUUCAGAUUAGAUAUAUCAUCGAAAAUAAUAAUUACAAUUAUCGGGAAAACUAUCGCCAUGCUCGCGAUCCAAAGUGUUGGCAAAUAAAUGACGCACUUUUACAUUUUUAGUCACUGCAGUUUUCAAAGUAACGUUCCAACCGUUGCUCCGAUUAUUCCACACGGUUCUACCAUACACGUCUCUUUCUUUUCUUUUUUUUCUUUUUUUUUCAAAACGUGUUCCGAAUCACGAUCGUAAGAAAAUUUGCAGAGCUAUCUAUUUAAUUAUAUCAAUGCCUUGUCGUUAAUUUCACGAUGUCGCUAUUUCUAUCGAUGGAUUAUAAAAAUCGUGACCUGUAAAAUUUCUCGACCGUACGAAACGAUGUUUCGCUCUGUGUACACGUAUAUACUUUUACGUAUAUCUUUUACGUACGAGUUUUACUCGUGUUGAUCGAUUUGCGCCUUAUCGCAGUUAUCUCGAAAGUUCUAGUUUAAAGUGCAUAUUUUAUUUAUUAACAGUUUGAAUUACAAAUGUUCCAUUACUUUCGUGAACGACUGUAGAAUAUGCGUUGAUCGUCUUAAGACCUGUAUUGUUCGCAACUCGGUAUACAAAGAGUAAGUAAAUCGAGGCACACGAUACAAUGCAUGCGGUGUGUAUAGUUACGAUUGUUUGGAGCAUCUAUUUUCGAAAUUAAUCGAAAUACAGGUUACUGUACGUCGAAAACUCGUAUAUGUAUUACGUGGUAGGAUAAUAUUGUACUAUUAUACGAUCCCGCAAUAACGUUGCACUUAUCCCCCUAUCGUGCAUUACCAUUUUACAAAAUUACGAAUUCUUAGUAGCUUUUGUGUAAAAAAAAUUGUAUUCAUUAAUGUACAAUGUUAAGAGUUUAAAAAUGCAAUGUAACAUUUAAUCAUACUGAAACAAUGCAAAAUAUCUAUUUAAAACACACACACACACACACACACACACACAUAUAAAAGCGUACCGUACGUACCGUACCGCUUAUUCUACAUUUGCCUCUAUAAAAAUUACACUAUUUUUUCUAAUAACAAAAUACGAAACAGAUUAAUUAUUUCUAUUCCUGAAGCAAUAGUUCAUUUUCUACGAUUCACGUGCAACGUGUAGAAACGCAAAUUUCAUAACUCUCAAGAGCGAACCAUGCGAAUGUAAAGAAAGCCAUUACGUCGAUCGAAGGAACAAGUUAGAACGAGAGAACUGUAAUACAAGUAAGUAGCAAUGAAUAAAAAAUUGCAAAUAAAACUCGACAUCCAGAGAUUGCAGAUUUAUAUACCUAUAUAAUAUAAUAUGUGUAUACGAAUAAUUAUUUUCUACGAAUUCUUGAUUACUUCGUUGUGCAAAUUGUAUUUAUCUCGUUGGAAGUAAUUCAACGGCCAAGCGUCAUUGGUAGCGAAUUAACGAUACCUUGAAAAUUCUAUAAUCGAUUGAGAAGCAAAAUAAACAUCAGUGUCUCCCCUACCCAACUCUCGCCUGUGUAAAUCCUCCAUCGUGAUAUUGCUAUCCAUAUACGGAUCAGCUCCGUUAUUUGCAGAUAAUACAGGAACAUGUUUCCAUCGUAGUGACAUCAUUUUUGUAAUUAAAAACAUACUAUAUAUAUGUAUAUGGAUGCGUGUAACCUUUGACCGUCAAAAGACAACUAUGUAGAUUUUUAUCCGCGAUUAAGAACGAAAAGUAUGCGAACAUUGGGACGUAUGCUUUCGCGCAAUGUCAAUUUCCCAGGUGGUUCCUAAAUCAUGGAACCGCUUUAUCUCUAUAUCUUCCAUGCCGUAUAUACUUACCUAUCUCUAAUUUCUCUCUGAGGUCAAUUUAUUUCUGUCAUUCGUUGUCGAGGAUAUCGAAUCGUCGUCAGUUUUUCUAACAAUUACGAGCCAAUCGUCUAUCAGUUACUACAGAACGUGUUACGUACACACAACAGAAAUCUGUCCGCAAAAUGACGUCUGGGAAAUACCCGUUUCCAAAAUCACGUGUAUUCCGUUACAAUCGCAUCUACUAACACCAACUCUUUACUAACGCUACGCGUGUAAAUAACAAAUAAAGCUGUCGCGUUUCACUUCGAAUUACAGCCGAUAGAUUGCCGGCUACUAAUAAACAUCGUUUAAAAAAAAAAAAAAAAAAACUAUCCAUGUACGUACGUAAUAAUUCGUUUGCACUAAAAUGCUGGGUCACCGUUUAUCGACAUGUAAAUAAUAUUUGUAUUUUUUCCUCCGUUCUCUCUUCUUCGAGCGAAUGUUCGCCAUGUCUUCCAAAACAUUCUAACGCAGUAUACGUAACAUUAAUGUAACUUCGACAAAACUCAGAUCAUAUUAGGUAAUAGUACGUACAAAAUAAGUCAGACGAGGCCUACUUUAUCUAUUAAAAAUGCGACCACGACUCGCCCCAACGUAUCCUAAAAUUGUUUCUUGACGAGCGAGAAACAGAAAUGACGAGUACUUUGCCUCAGAGAGAAAAUACGUGUUCGAUACUAGGGGGGGGAGGGGG